GCUCAUCCAUCCUGGGAACCAGAGUAACAAAACUUGCCCCGCUUGUAGCUCUAAAACUGUUGUUUUUAACCGUUUAACUGAACGUUAGCUACCGUUAACUAGCAACGGUAACGUCGAACAUUCUAGCAGUAAUAACAGAAAGGAUAACUUUAGAUUUCGGCUUUAGCUAACGUUAGACGUUUGCGUAGGAUGAAGUCGCCCUCUUAAACUUACUAUGGAAGAAGUACAGCAGGGCAGCAAUGGCACUGAGUUACAGACUGCUACCAUCACUCCCUCUCAGUUCUCACAGAUAGCCCAACAGAUGUCACUGGGUGGUGGCUCUGUGGCGGUUUUGCAGCUGCCAGGGGGUCAGUUUCAGGUCCAAGGAGUGAUCCAGUCUGCACAGUCGUCAGUCAUUCAGUCCCCUCAGAUGCAGACUGCACAGGCCCUGGAUUCAGAUAGUGAUGAUUCACAAGACUCAUCAGACAGUGGAGCUGCAGCACAUAAGACCAGAGAAAUACUGGCGAGACGGCCUUCAUACAGAAAAAUCCUAAAUGAACUUUCAUCUGAGGAAGUGACACACAUUGAGGGAAAGGAUAACAGCAUGGUAUCGACUGGAGUUACAGUACCCACCACCCAAAUCUACCAGACCAGCACCGGCCAGUACAUUACCAUAGCAGCUAAUGGCACAAUCCAGCUGGCAACUUCGGGGUCUGAUGCCAUUCAGGGGCUACAGGCUGUCACCAUGGCCAACUCUGGUGGAGCCCAGCAGGGCACCACCAUCCUUCAGUAUGCACAGACAUCUGACGGCCAGCAGAUACUGGUGCCUAGCAACCAGGUUGUUGUACAAGGUGCAGGAGGAGAGGUGCAAACAUACCAGAUCCGCACUGCGCCCACAUCCAGCUCCAUGCCUCAAACUGUAGUUAUGACCUCCCCUAUGGGAAUAUCUCAGGGCAAGAGUGAUGACCCAACAAUGAAGAGGGAAAUAAGGCUUGCAAAAAACAGAGAGGCAGCCCGUGAAUGUCGACGGAAGAAAAAGGAAUAUGUUAAAUGCCUCGAAAACCGUGUAGCUGUUCUUGAAAACCAAAACAAGACCCUGAUCGAAGAACUCAAAACAUUAAAGGACCUUUAUUGUGUUAAAACAGGAUAACCUGUUUGAAUAGAAGUUGAGGAUUGGGACAUAAUGUGGGAGCAGCACAGCUCAGCCAUUUGGACAAACAGGGUUUCUGGGAACACUUCAUUUCAGGCUGAGAGUCUCCAUUUUUUUUUUACUCUGUUUGAUAUAAAAGUGACUUGUAAUGGCAGUAUGGUAUACUGGACUAACAAAAAUAAAUUGGCCAUUUUACCACCUGCUGUUUUUUUUUUUUUUUUUGCUAAUGCUAUAACAUUUAUAGUUGUGUACAUUUUUAAUACUGGGAGGUUUGAAAUUGUGAGCUUUAACUUUGAGUCUCAGUUUGUAAAUGUAUCCCUUUCCUUUUUCUUGUGUUUUUAAAAAUGUUGCUGUUGGAAUUUUAUUAAA